UUCGGUUGGAUCAGUAUCGGUCCCGACCCCGAUCUCGUUUGAUCGGCGUUUGGCGCUCGCGGUACUCGAUAUUUUCAUCCGUCAGUAACAUUCGCAUCGGCGGCAGAAGUGAAUGGGCGGGCGCAUUCGCGGAGCCUGUUUCAAGCGCGUUCGCCCUUCGUUGCUUUCUCGCGUGGGCCUUGGUCGGUGCUGGUGAACGCGCGAGUCCAUCGAUUGUCCCCCGAGGCGGAAAGUUCGACGACAAGCUCGCCCACUCGUCACUCGAUGCCGAACGUAAAUCGUUACGGGUCUGGCGACAUGCGAUGGAAGACGCAGCUGGCUCAGCGACUGUUAUGCCGCCGUUAGCCACGUUAGCCGAACACCCUACAUCAGAAUAUCGACCGUUUCUCUACCGGCAGGGAUUAAAUCUUACCCCAUUAAGAUCUAACGUCAUGGACGGUGCCUGUCUUCGUCAGUUUAUCACAGCACCCAUCAAAAAUCUUCUUCAAUUACAACGGAUCAGAGAGAUAAAGUGGAUGAAUCCGAGAGCAUGCACAAACGAGGCGUACACUCCUACGCCCAUUGAACAUAUGGCAAAUGUGGCGACUCAUGGAAUAUGGGUUGUACCAUCGAUAAUUGGCGGUAUCGAGCUCGUACGGCGUUCGGCGACAUGGGCCCAGUUUGUUUCCGCUUGCGUAUACGGCACUUCCUUGAUCCUUGUUUUUGCAGUGUCUACUUUUUUCCACAGUGUGCACUACUGCAACCACAAUAGGCAACUAAAAGACGCGUUGCAUCGUUGCGAUCGUGCCAUGAUUUACAUCUUCAUAGCAGCCAGUUACUUUCCAUGGUUAAAUAUAGAACACUUCCCAGACGAUGAGCUUUUAUUCGCGAUGCGAUAUGUCGUCUGGAUUAUGGCUAUAGUGGGUAUCCUCUACCAGCAAAUCUUUCACGAGAGAUACAAGAUGCUCGAAACUAUUUUCUACGUGGUCAUGGGCAUUGGACCUAGCGUCGCGAUCCUCAAUGUUUACAACUAUUAUAAUAUUACGGAAUUGAAACUGGGCGGACUGAUAUACGUUCUUGGCUUGGUAUUUUUCAAAUCGGACGGCCGCAUACCUUGCGCGCACGCGAUCUGGCAUCUUUUCGUGGCUGCGGCAGCUGGAUUUCAUUACUAUGCGAUUCUGAACCACGUAUUUCCUGAAGACUCGACGAGCGUUCUCGGACCAUCCGGCAGUAUAUCUAAUGUACUAAAGCCUCGCAUGGAAUUGUAGGAGUUGUCGCGUACACCAUUUUCUACCAUAUUUCUUCCAAAUGAUAAAGAUUCUAAAACAUAGCAGUUUUAAAGGGCAAACUGUGUAUACUGUUGUUUUUAUCUUCUUAAAGAUAGGGAGAUCUAUCUUUAAUUUAUAUCUAUUCAGAGGUUUUGAUAAGAGCAAAUUCAUUUUUCGACCGUGAUUCGUACCUGUCUGUGCUAGAUAGACAGCUAGAUAUUUUUUCAUAAUUAUUCCGAGUAAACGAUAAAUGAAUAUCCGUGUAUUGUGUGUAUAUACAUGUACGGUGUGUAAAUAUGUAAAAGAGAUUGAAUGUGUGUGAGGAGAAAGCGAAAAAAAGAUUUUUAAGUACCUGACGGCCAUACAAGACUCCAUUCGUAUAUAUGCAUUAUGAAUACGUUGUCUAUUAAAACAAAAAGAAAACAGUUAUUUAUUAAAAGAAAACAGUUGUCUAUUAAAACAAAAAGAAAACAGUCGUGUGUACAUGACUAAUUAUAUGACAAUUUUGAAUAUACAUUUAUAGCGAACAUUGUAUCUUUCGUGUUCGAUUUAGUGUAUCCAUUAGUUUCGACAUCAUUCGUAAACGUUGCCAAAUUAUUGUAAGAAAGAAAAUUGUACCAUGCCUCUACUUUUCCAAAUGCAACAAAAUAUUAUACAUAGAAUAUUUUUGGGAAAAACAUUAUUUUGUUUUAUACUACAUACUACGUUUGAUAAAAGUCUCUAUAUUAGGCUCUUUACAAAGUGUAGAUUAGCUUAGCGAAGAAAUAGAGAAAUCAAGUUGUGACUGAACAUGCAUCUGUACUAAAGCGUCUUUCUGUUUGCAGAUGUGUUGUGCCAAAAUUAGACUUAAUUUACAUUUCUUAUCUAACAUGGGAUUUCCAAUACAAGCCAUUUGAAUUUUUGUAACGGAAAAAUAGAAAUAGAUAUUAUUUGGAUUCUACUAUAUAAAAUUAUAAAUAAUUAAAUAUGUAGUCAGGAAGAGGCAAAAAAUACCAUCUAUACACAUAACAGUUAUCGAGUAUUUUCUAAAACAUGACAUGUUGAGCAAUGGCCUUACUUCUAUUGUUACUCGAUGUGAUAUUUCGGAAUGGUAUUAUAUGUAACAGACAGAUAAAAUCAGAUCUUUAUAGUACUUGUUGCAACAGUCAUAUUACAAUACGUUUUACAUCGUAAAGUAAUUUGUUUUGUCCGUGAUAUACAUUUGUGAACGUAUAUAACGAAACACAAAUUAAGUUUGUCUUCGCUUGCAUCAAUUGUACAUUUGUUCAAAAUAUGUAUAGUGAUACUUGUGUGUGUGCGUGCGUUGCGUGUGUGUAUACACACACAUGUAUAAAAUGUACAGUACUGACAAUGUAAAAUACGAGAGUCUUGAUGUAAGGAUAUUAAUUUGCAAUGUAUUCAUGUACCGUGAUAUCGCAAGAAGCAAAGUACAAAGUGAUUAUCAGUUACUCGAGUCACUCGCUGUUUGUUUCUUGUCUUUUUUUUUUUAAUAAUUCGUGGACCAAAGUAUCGUGGAGUAACGUGUAGUAUCGCUGUCAUUGUUAUACAUAUAGCAUAUAUACUUCCCGACAUGAGUGUAAUACUUGUAAUAGUGAGAAAUAAAAUAUUAUAUAUUGGCCAGAGAGAUUGUUCCUCUCUUCCAAUAUUCCAAUACCAUGCAAAA